AAGAACUGAAUGAACAAAAUAGUAGGUUUAAGAAUACCCAUGAUGUCCAUUUCGUGGAUAUUCGCUGUGAUCUUAUGCUUUGUGGCCUUGAGAGUGCAUGGUCAUGGGAAAAUAAAAGUUACAACGGAAUCUAAACUUGGCCCAUGCAAUGAAAGAAAUUUUGGGGAAUUAAUUUUGGUCAAUUAUCGUAAAGGAAAGAACACUUUAUUGGUCUGCAGUAAAGAUGAAGGGAAAUUUGGAUGGAGUACGACAAACGAUGAUGGUCAGACUGGAGAAAUAUCUAAUCCAGGACACGAUUGUAUGUCAAUAUUGCAUGCUAAUCCUGAAGCCGAAGAUGGAUUUUACUGGAUUACACUGAACAACAGAAAACCAAAGAAGGCUUGGUGUGACAUGAAAACUGAUGGUGGAGGAUAUAUUCUUAUCGGUAGAACAAAUAGUUCCGGCAUAUGGGCAGUCCCAUCUAAUGACGAUGCAGUUGAACCAUUUGGCAAACCCCACUGGUGUAGCGCGCUGGGAAACACUGAUGUUAUUGAUUUCAGAGUUCAGAUGACUUCCGAAGAGGAUUUUCAAAAGACGAAGGCGCAUUGGGCUUACAGAUUCAAAACUCCGCGCAAGUUAAAGAAUCUUAUGAUAAACAAAAAAGGUUGUUCAAGCCAUUCCCCGGGCAUUGGAAAUGUAAAAUACGUGAAAAACUUAGAAAGUGGACAUAUAGUUACCACUCAAUUUCGAUGUUCAAAAUUUGGUAUUGGUUAUCAUCCUUAUACAAACAUUGGAUGGACAAUGAUUAACUCAUGUCUUGAAAAACCAUGUCCGUAUGGAUUUGCAUUUCACCGGGAUUAUCCCAUUCAACAAGACUAUUCAGGAUCGUUCAGUUAUAGUGCAACAAAGAGCAUUUCCGGAAUCGAAUACGGAGCAACGGCCCAAGUUGGGUGCAGCCGAGGACAUUGUUGUGGUUGCCACGGACCUUCAAGAGGUAAACGGAACUAUUGUUUUGAAAAAUGCAAAGCUGGAAAUGGUGGAACUAUUGAAUCACACGUUUACUCUUGGUUUUGGGUGAGGACAUCUUCCCACAAGAAAUUUUGGACUAAAUGCAUUGAUUACAAAAUGAUGGAAAACGACACUUUUGUGUGGUAUAAGUUAAUCGGAAACAGUGAAUCGCCGAUCGAGGGUCGGUGCGAUAGAACAGGAAAAGCACUCUUGUACGAUGGGAUGCUGGUUGUUCCAGAUAAUACGACGGCAGAAAAAACUCCUUUAAUCGAUGGUAUGAUUGUGUAUCGUCAGGACACAGAGAAAAUUUAUGUAACAAAACACGAGAAACUACACCCUUUAGCAGACGAAGAAAAGGUACUUGAGACAAAAGAGGAGCUUAACAAAUCUCUUGAGAAAAAUAACAAAAUACUCAGGAAAUUUGAAACACUAUGGAAGGCGUUGAACAAAAGCAUCGUGGAAACAAAGACGCAGUUAGCUGAAGUCAAAUCUGUUUUAAAUGUUGGUAGAUACAGCAAUCCUGGAAAAUCCUGUUUGGAUAUUCUUCAGCGGGCAAAAACAGCAUCUUUGGGAAAUGGAGAAUACUGGAUUAAAUUGGACAAUAAACCACUAAAAGUAUACUGUGACAUGAAAGCUGAUGGAGGUGGCUGGACAUUGGUUACUAACCUCGUUCUAAAGAAUUCAAGAGGAAUGGAUUGGUCUCUAUAGACUGACUAUCGUCAAAUUUGUGAAUACAAAAACCAAAAGCUCGGUCUUUCAACAUAUGCUCUUCGUGACUUGGGAUCAAAAAUGUCGUUU